CUUAUCCCAAUAUGGUGGAGGUGGUACUACUGGGCUUCUCCAGUUGCAUGGACAGUUUAUGGUGUCUUCGCUUCUCAAGUGGGUGACCGAACAGGUAACCUCACGCUCACCGGUGGAGACAGAGUGCCGGUGAACAAUUUUCUUAAAGACAGUUUGGGUUUUGAUCAUGACUUCCUUAUUCCAGUAGUUGUUGCCCACGUUGGUUGGGUCCUCCUCUUCUUCUUCAUCUUUGCCUAUGGCAUCAAGUUCCUAAACUUCCAAAGAAGAUGA